GUGUGUAAUCUGGCUGGACUCUGAUGUGACCUCUGUGAGGGCUUUUAAUGCCUUGAGGGUAGGAAUGGGGGAAGGAGGAUCAGUGUCUCUAUUUGACGUCAUAGGAAACCACAUACCCACCCCACAGCAGCUGUAGAGGCUGAUACAGGGGUUGGGCUCAGGAUCCCUGAUGCAGUCAGUCAGCCCAGUGGGAAAAGCUGCCCCCAGAGCAACCUCUCAAUCCACAGCUGGGGGUGAGGGUGACACAGGUGGGAGAGGAACCCCAGCAGAGACCCCAGACCAUGCUGUGCCCCACCUCACCUCACCUAGCCCUCCUGGCCCUGCUCUCUGUGGCUGGCGCUGUGGGUCCGGGGGAGCCAUGCCCGUCCGAGAUGAACCUGAUCAAGGACCGACUGCAGGUCAAUUGCUCCGGAAAGGGGCUCAGCGUGGUGCCACUUGCCCUGCCCAGGAACACCGGCAUCCUGCUGCUCAGCACCAACCGCCUGGCGUCCGUCUCCACUGCCUCCUUGCAGCACCUCCCUGCGCUGGCUGAGUUGGACCUAUCAGGCAAUGCACUGGGUGUGCUGCACACUGAGGCCCCCCUGCUCUUGCUGCAGGAGCUGAUCCUGUCUCACAAUGCCCUGGAGUUACUGCCCACACUGCAGGGCCUGCCCGCCCUCACCCGCCUGACCCUGGCUCACAACAACAUUUCAGAGCUGCUGCCAGGGGCCUUCCGGGAUGUGGGGAAUCUGACGGAGCUGAAUCUACGGGGGAACCGGCUACGGACGCUGCCAGAAGAGGCCUUUGAGGGCCUGGCUGAGUUGAAGGACCUGGAUCUGUCUGAUAAUGCCCUGGAGAAGCUGCCGCGGGGGCUGUUGGCUGGGCUGGAGCUGAACACACUGUGGCUGUCAGGGAACCAGCUCCGCACUCUGCCCAGUGGCUUCUUCCCCGAGGGGCACAUGUUCGCCUAUGUCUACCUGGCAGGGAACCCCUGGCGCUGUGACUGUGGCCUGGCCUAUCUGCAGGCCUGGAUCGUGGACAAUGACAUCAGCAUCUACAUCCAGGAGCUGAGUUCAGACGGGCUGCUGACUGAGAAUGAUCCCCAAAGCCCUGUGUGCGAUUCGCCCCUCAAACACCACGGGCGCCCUGUCAUCCAGCUCCAGCCGGUCUGCGGCAAAGCAGGGGACACAGACUUGGAUAUUGAUGGGACAAUGACAGAGGAGGGAACCCCUGUGCCCUCCGCUACUGUCCCCUCCACGACCCUGCCCCCAACCACUCCCUUGCCCCCCACUACUGCCCCCUCCACCACCCUGCCCCCAACCACUCCUGUGCCCUCCACUACUGUCCCCUCCACCACCCUGCCCUCAACCACUCCCGUGCCCCCCACUACUGCCCCCUCCACCAACUCCAUCUCCCACCAUCCUGAGCCAGAAAAUCUCCCACCCUUGGGCUGGAAUGAAGCAGUCUCCCCCUAG